AAUUUACAUAUGCAUAAUUUAAUAAGAAUGCUCUAAUGUAACUUUUAAAAGAGUGAAAUGGCCAUGGGCGAUGGAUCUGGAUGAGAAAGAACAGAGGAGCUUCUACGUGUUGCGAGCCUGAAUCUGCCUGCUUGUCCUUCAGGAAAGCUUUAGAAAGUGCCCUUGAUGAUUGAAAAAACCUUCACGAUACUUCCUUGGCAACACCUGGACUUCUAGGGUUUCCUUGAUGAACUGCCCUUUACCUUGGAAAGGAUGCAUGGGUUCUCCACUGUCGAUGGCUUUGUGGAGAUAACGGAAUGCUUGGCAGAGAUGAUUAAAUACGUUGCAAAUGAACCCUCAGUAGGGCUUUUCUAUGUUCAGCAGCAUACUCAAAAUGCAGUGCCCAACCUCAUUACUCUCAAGAAUAAUGUUGUGGAGAAGUCUCGAGAAACGACUUUGCACACUGAAGAUCUAGAGGAUUCUAUCACCAUGGUGAGUUCAAUGAAAAAAUGUGGAUUCCCCAUUGCCGACGAGAUGAUUAGAGACAUCAAGAAAUCUCUAGUGAUCAUAUCGACACAACCAAAAAUAGGGUUAAUCCAUAAAGUUUCAGGUUUUCAUAUGGGAAGCACCAACUCUUGGGGACCAACCACAAGGGGCCGUAGUGCAGUUUAUGCCCAAGAGGAUAACGAAAGAAGAAGUAGUUAUUUUUCAUCCGUAUUUAAUUCAGCAAAACAAAAGGCCAGCCAUUUCAAGUGGCCACAACUUGAUCCCAAGGAAUCAAUACAGACUGAGGGUGAGAUGCUGCUGCCAUAUCCUACUUCAACACUUUCAGUGACAUCUGCUACUACUAGCUCAUCUUUGCUUGAUGCGGAAGUAGAUAGUCUGCCAUUGCCAAGUCAGGUUGAAGAUGAACCAGUCAAAGAGGAAGAAGAGACUAAUGUCAUUGUAACUAGUCAUAAUCUAUUGUCGGUGCCAGGAAAUUUCGAUGACUUAAAGGCUGAUAAAGAAGCCAAACUGAAGGAGUGGUUGGAAGGAACUGACAACCCGAAUCAAUAUAGAGAUGCCAGUGAUGCAAAAGGGCUUUAGUUUGGCAGCACUCGGCUAUUGAAAAAGCUUUACAUGUGUAUACUGCUGUCUGUUGCUUCAUAAUUACCUCUGGAUGAAGAUCAUAUAGAACAUGUAUUGUGCUGAUGCAUUCCUUUUGGGUAAUAUAGAUCAAGAGCGCCUCUAGAAGCGGCUGAAAGGCAUGAUGCUGGAAGGCUAAAGGGUAAAAGGCAUAAUUCGUCAUCUGUGGACCUGCAAUGUAUUUGAUACUUCUGCACUUAACCAUAAGUUUCCAUUACCCCCGACUGGUUGUAGAUUAAUGCUGGAUGAUGAGCACAGGUGGUCUGCACUCCGCACCAGCAAUUAUUCAUAGAUUAUUUGGGCAGGAAAGAUGGCUGCUAUAUGUGAUAUGACGUAUUGGAGAUGCGUAGCUUUGACGUGUGCAUUUGGCUCCUUUGAAGUUUUAAUUAGCCAUUGCCAAUAUGUUUUUCUUUAUAGGUAUAUCAAGAAAUUUUAUUCAUAGAAGUAGGCUAAGCCCAAGUACAAAGGGUGAAUAUGUAAGAAAAAACCUAAUUAGAGUUUACAAUAGAAGAAAAAAGAUCAUGGACAAA